AUGGCAGACAGUUCAGACCUCGAGAGCAGCAACAAGGCCGAGCUGGACGGACACCAGCCAGGCUCAACCGGAGAUAGCGAGCAGUCUCCAGCCGACAAAGGCCCCAACGAGCCCGCGCCCGAAUAUGCGACUGGCACACGACUAGCCCUCAUCAUGUUCACGAUCUUCGUGAGCACCAUCCUCGUCUCCCUAGAGAUCGGCAUCAUCGCGACCGCAAUCCCCGGCAUCACCGCCGAUUUCCACCGACUCGACGACGUGGGCUGGUAUGGCAGCGCCACGUUCAUCCUCGCAGCCGCUGCCUCGCCGCUAUGGGGCAAGCUGUUCAAGUACCUCAACGUCAAAUGGACGUUUCUCAGCGCGGUCGGGAUCUUUUUGGUCGGCAGUGUGGUGGCCGCUGCAGCUCCGAAUAGCGUGUCCGUCAUCAUCGGCCGUGCGCUUCAAGGCUGGGGAGCCUCGGGGGUCCUGGGAGGCACGCUGAUAGUCAUCAACUACGUGGCGCCGCCUCGGAAGCAUCCGCUUCUCAUCGGGACGUGGAUGGCGGUGUUUAUGGUGUCGACGAUCCUGGGACCGGUGAUUGGCGGGGCAUUCACGAGCGAGGUCUCGUGGAGAUGGUGCUUCUGGAUCAACUUGCCCGUGGGUGGUCUCAUCGUCGUUCUGUUGUUGUUGUUCCUUCGCAUCCCCAAGCACAUCCAGAGUGUCCCGGCUACCUGGAGCGAGAUCAUCCUCGCCCUGGAUAUCCCGGGGUUCUGCUUGCUCCUUGUCGCGCUCGUAUGCUUGACGUUGGCCUUGCAAUGGGGUGGGCAGACCAAAGCGUGGAAUCAUGGCUCUGUCAUCGCGACCUUGGUCCUGUGGAUUGUACUCACCGUUGGGUUCUUCGUUACCGAAUGGCUACAGGGCCCUCGCGCCAUGGCUCCGUUUAGCAUCUUGAAACAGCGCAUGACGUGGAGUAAUGCUCUGUUUUGCUUCAUCUCCUACGCCGCCCUCUACCAAGUGAUGUUCUACCUCCCCAUCUACUUCCAAUCCAUCCACGGACAGUCCGCCGUCAAAAGUGGAGUCAACACGCUCCCAUUCCUCGCCUUGUUCGCCCUAGGAGCCGUGGUCAGCGGUGCCGUCAUCGGAAAGACCCGCUACACACAGCCCUACGAGCUUCUCGGUGCCCUCAUCAUGACCGCCGGCAUGGCCCUGAUCUACACCCUGGAUGUCGACUCCUCGCAAGCCAUGUACAUCGGCGCCGAGGUGCUCUUCGGGUUUGGUGUUGGGAUCUGCAACCAGAUCCCCAUGACGGCCGUACAGGGCUUCUCCAAGCUUGAAGACGUGUCCAGCGCGACUGGCAUCAUGGUUAUGUGCCAAACACUCAGCGGCGCCUACUUCGUCGCCAUCGCGCAAUCCCUCUUCGCCAAUCGUAUGCUCCAGACCGUCCUUAGCAGUGCAUCCCACCUCGAUCCUGCCUUGGUCUUGGCCACCGGCGCCUCCGAGCUCCAGACCGUGUUCAACGGGGACGAUCGGACGGCGGUGAUCGCCGCGUAUAUGGUGGGCAUCAAGGAUGUGUUUGCGUUUUCUCUGGCGUGUGCGGCGUUUUCGGUGCUGCUGUCGCUGGUUAUUCCGUUUAAGAAGCUGCCGGAUCAUGGGAAGAAGCCGGCGACGGAGGUGAAGGAGGUGAAGGAGAAGACGGAGGUAGCCGAUGGGGAGAGUUAG